CCACAAUUGAAAAGCUGAUAUGAUCGGUAUAUAUAGCCUAUAGCUGGUAGCGCUCCGAGUCGGAGUCGGAACCUAGGUUGCUUUCUCCUGGGAAAUAUCAGUUUCCGGCUUCGGAACCUGGACCUAGCUUGGAGCCUGCCAGUGGGAACCUCCCUCGAGUAUCGCUUUAUCAAGUGUUUAUGUAUUUAUGGUUGACCGACGUUCGCCAAACCGCACCAAUUGAUUAAAGGACUCGUGGAAUGUGCCCGGCACAUUAUUUGAGCCCUCAUGUCGCGGCGCACGAGCUGGCACAUGCGAAUCGUUUGGCUGCGCCCUAUAAAAUCCAAUGUACAUCACUCAAAAAACACCAGCAAGUUUCAAAUUUCAAAUUUCAGCUAUGAAAUUCACUUCACUCACCGCCGUUAUCGUCUUUACCACAGCGAUGGUUAGCGUAGUCAUCGCAUCUGCUGGGCCGGAUUUAUCCUGCGAGCCUUAUCAAGGGGGGUGCUCAAAGGGCGUUAAAAGUUUCAACAACGACAACGAUUUCGGGUAUCUCUGCGGAGCUAACGGCCACAUCACGCGCUGGUUUCCAUGUACGUGCAAAGGCUGCUGUCGAUUGUAUGAUGAUGGCGGUGGGUUGAACCUGCCCACGUGUUCACAAUGAUUUGCUUUGGUAACGCCAUAGUGCCUGGUGCAUGGAACUGAUUUGCAUGGUACGUGGAGUAGGGCAUGAAGGAGUGUUGUCAUGAUCACGCUGUCUUGUUGUCCGAGAAAUGAAGAUGCUUUGUGAAUGCGGUGUCGAAUGAACUAGGCGA